AUGGCUACAAAACCUGUUUAUGAUAAGGCCGAUGCCAAAGCUCUUCUCGACGAUCGAGGUUACUCCGGCGCUCUCAUCCGUGGCCAAAAUCCUGCACUCUUGUUUGAGAAGGGUGUGCGAGAACGCAUCACCGAAUCCUACUACUGGAAAGAGCAAUGUUUCGGUCUCAACGCAGCUACACUGUGUGAUCGAGCUGCCGAUUUGAAAUUUAUUGGUGGCACUACUGGCAUCAUGGGCAAACCGACGCCGUUUCUAUGUCUUGCUUUCAAGCUGUUGCAGCUUGUGCCAGAGAAGGAAAUUAUCCUCGAGUAUCUGAAUUUCCGGGAAGACGACGACGACGACGAAGAAGACCAGGAGGAUGAGAUGGAAAACGACACGAGCAGAAGUCAGAACAGCAACCGCGAUAGUGACACCAAAAAAGAAGAUCCCAACGCUGCCGGCAAGCUGGGCUCUUGGAAAUACCUACGAUGUCUUGCUGCCUUCUACAUACGACUUGCCUGGGAGCCUGUAGAAAUCUACAACACACUGGAGCCUCUACUCACUGAUUACCGCAAAAUCAAGCGACGCACCAAGGACGGCUUUACAUUGACCUAUGUCGAUCAGUUCAUCGAUGAUCUUUUGACAAAAGAUCGCAUUUGUGCAACCAGCCUGUGGAGGUUAUCUCCGCGCACCAUCCUGGAAGAUCUGGACAUGCUGGAACCACGCGAAAGUCCGCUUGCAGACGAGGUGGACGAGAUGGAGGAGGAGCCAACGUCCAGUCGCAGCAGCCGCAGCAACACUCCGCCCGCACUUUCUUCCGGACCAUCGUCGCCGUCAUCAUCUCCGAGACGCUCGCGAUCGCCCCGAUAG